AUGUCUAGUGAUCCUGAAAAGAAUUUAGGAAUGCCAGAAAAGACUUCGGUCAAUCUGUAUGAUUCCAUGGACCCAUCUUCCUCAUCAUCGGGUGCAGAUGCAGAAAUUGAAACAACAAAAUUAAAUUUCAUUGAUAGAUGGGCACAUAAAUUAAAUGCUGAAACUAAAGGUAUUGAAUUAGUCACUGAUGAAGAAAAAACUGAUACUUCAUUUUGGAAUUUAGCCACCAUGUGGUUAAGUGCAAAUUUAGUCAUUGCAACUUUUUCAUUAGGUGCUCUUGGUAUAACCGUAUUUGGAUUAGCUUUUGGUCAAGCAGUAUUAGUGAUUAUUUUCUUUUCAAUACUAGGUGGGUUCCCCGUGGCAUUUUUUUCAUGUUUUGGAUCAGCUUUAGGAUUAAGACAAAUGUUAUUAUCGAAAUUUCUUAUUGGUGAUCUUACUACAAGACUUUUUGCUGCUAUUAAUGUUGUUGCUUGUGUUGGUUGGGGUGCAGUUAAUACCAUGUCUUCAGCUCAAUUAUUGCAUAUUGUUAAUAAUGGGACUUUACCACCUUGGGCUGGUUGUCUUAUUAUUGUUGUUUGUACCGUUUUGGUGACAUUUUUUGGAUAUCAUGUUAUUCAUGCUUAUGAAAAAUGGGCCUGGAUUCCAAAUUUGAUUAUUUUCAUUAUUAUAAUUGUUAGAUUUGCCAUGACAAAUAAAUUCACUAGUAAAUCAUUUGAAGGUGGUGAAACUACUGCUGGUAAUGUUUUAAGUUUUGGUGGUACAGUUUUCGGGUUCGCCACGGGUUGGACUACUUAUCUGAGUGAUUAUGUUGUUUAUCAUCCUCGUAAUACUAAUUCUUGGAAGAUUUUUUUCAGUAUUUUCUUUGGAUUAUUAACUCCAUUAAUGUUUACUUUAAUAUUGGGUGCUGCUUGUGCCACUGGUAUUGCUGGUGAUCCAGAAUGGACUAGAUUAUAUAAGGAAGAUUCUGUUGGUGGGUUAGUUUAUGCCAUUUUGGUUCAUGAUUCUUUACAUGGAUUUGGUCAAUUUUGUUGUGUUGUUUUGGCUUUAUCUACUGUGGCUAAUAAUGUUCCUAAUAUGUAUUCUAUGGCUUUAUCAGCUCAAACUGUUUGGGCUGGUUUCAGAAAAAUCCCAAGAGUUGCUUGGACUAUUGCUGGUAAUGGUGCCACUUUAGCCAUUUGUAUCCCCGCAUAUUAUAAAUUUGAAGCCGUUAUGGAAAAUUUUAUGAAUUUAAUUUCCUAUUAUUUAUCAAUUUAUGAAAGUAUAAUGUUUGCAUCUCAUUUCAUUUGGAAUAGUGGUAGAUUUGAUGGAUAUGAUUAUGAAAGAUGGAAUGAUAAAGAAGCUUACCCUGUUGGUUAUGCUGGAGUUUUCGGAUUUGCUUGUGGUGUUGCUGGGGUUGUUUUAGGUAUGAAUCAAACUUGGUAUAGUGGUGUUAUUGGUAGAAGAAUUGGUGAAUUUGGUGGUGAUAUUGGAUUUGAACUAGCUAUUGGAUUUGCCUUUAUUGGGUUUAAUGUCGCUAGAUAUUUUGAAAAGAAAUAUAUUCGAUAG